AUGUCUCUUCGCGCCCUCGGAAACAAAUUAUUUGGUUCAGGAAGCAACAUCACAAUGGGCGAAGCAUCCACCCGAGUUCAGGAGCUCAUCAACGAGCACGCGACUAUCGUCUUCUCGAAGUCGUACUGCCCUUACUGCUCAAGCACCAAGAAGACGCUCAAGCAGCUCAAUGCCGAUGCCUUCGUGAUUGAGCUCGACCAGGAUUCUGAUGGCUCUGCCCUGCAGGAUGCCCUCGAGGACAUCAGCGGCCAGCGCACUGUCCCCAACAUCUUCAUCAACAGGAAGCACAUCGGAGGUAACUCCGACCUCCAGAAGCUGGACAAGGCCGGCGAGCUGGAGCAACUACUCCGUAAUGCCGGCUCACUCAAGCUCUAA